AUGCCGCCCUCAGGCCCCAGGUCGCGCGCCAAUCAACCACCCGCGCCAGCUCGGACCGCCAACGUGCGGAAUGAGGCCUUUGAGAGCAUCUUUGGUCGGCCGGCGGGAGGCCAUCAUAUGGCUGGCGCACCGCCUCCUCAACAGCAGCAGCAGCCUCAGCCGGGCUACCCUCCGCAGACGCAGCAGGGGCCGUACGGGUAUCAGCCGCGUCCGGCUCCGCCGUCGGGAUACCUUCAUCCCGCGCAACCAGCAUACCCACCUGCACAAUACCGCGGGGCGCCGGGAUUCCCACCACAGCCGCCUCAGCAGCAAUAUGCUCCCAGACCGGACUUUGGGGUCCCGCCUCCCCCGCCAUCACAGCAGCAGCCUCUGCAGCAGGACGGAUAUAGGUCGUAUUCUUCCCACCCAAAUUCUGACUAUCUCGACCGGCGCGCAUCACUAGCCCCAUCGACAUACUCCAACUCCUCCGCAUCCUUCUAUUCGCCUACACCCGACGCUGUCUCCCCACCCACCCAGACUGCUCGUCGAAUGCCAAGCCAGACCUUCCCUGCCCCUUCACACCGCAUAGAUCCACCACCCCGAUCUACAAAUGGAUCUCUCGCGCCAACUCCCGCGCAGGCAUAUCAGGCAGGCUACGCACCCUCGCCCACAUCAUCCGUCUUCCCCUCCCGACCCUUCCCGACCCCAGUCGCUGGCCCCUCCAGGGAAUCGUCCAUGUCCAGCUCGCGCGGCACGCCGGCCCCUGGAGCGAGCUCGCAGAUGUCCAGACCAGUCUUGGAUGUGGAUACGAGGCAUCAGUCACCGACGGCGGGGAUGUAUGAGGAUUUCAAGGCGAUGGGUUUUGAUGGAGCUGGUGGCGGACCGUUGGAUGUGGUUCCGGGGAUACCGAAGAAGGGGACAGAAUCGCCUGUAGCUGCGGAAUUUGGGAAGCUCGCAGAGCGAUAUUCGGGAGAUUAUGAUAACCAAUACACCCAUCGGAGAACAGAUACGAGCGCGUCGAGAUCCAGCAAUGGAGCGCCGGGAAUGCACAGGCGGAUGGCGUCGGAUUCGAGCAUGAGCAGUGGGGGAUAUACGUUGACGGGGAUAGGAAGGUCUAUGGCACCCCUAUCUCAGAUCGACUCGCCCACUUCACCUGAAACACCCACGGACGGAUACAGUUUCGCUGCACAAGCGAACGCUCGGAAAUCAGUCGACUCGACGCGGUCAGACGGCCUUCCUCCUGGUGCUGGGGUGGGCUACGACCGCUCCACCUCCUUCUCUGGCUCCUCUACCACUCGAAAAGAGGCGACCGCCGCCACACGCUCAGGCUCGGUCGGACAUGGCGCCACUACCCGCCGUCCUGUCCCCGGCCCUUCAGCUUACGCCUUUCCCACUCCCAUCCCCUCCAACCGGUCCCUCCACGACACCCUUCAACGCUCAACAUCUUCCCCACGCACCGUCGCCAUCUCCUCUCUUACCAUCCCCAACAUCUACCCUGCGCUCCUCUCGCGCGUUGCCGAGGUGUUCAAGCAGCUCGUCUCCCUCACAGAGCACGUCAAGGACGGCAUCACGUACAAAGACGCCUUUGACGGUCGUACCGCCGUCAGCAUUAUUGGCGAUAUCAUCAAAACGCCAGAUCGGAAUCUCGCACUUUUGCUUGGUCGGGCGCUCGACGCGCAAAAGAUGUUUCAUGACGUCACGUAUGACCAUCGACUCCGGGACAAUCCGCACGAGGUGUAUCAGUUCAAAGAGCGGCUGUCCGCGCCGUUCAUGCCUGGCGCGAUGCCAGCGGAUUCGCCCAUGUCGCUGUCGGACCACCAGCAGGGGUUGGCGCGGACGACUAGUUCCGGAUCCACGUCCAUCAUGCGCCGACCGGGACCGCAUCCUACGCCCCAGACACCCGAGUCGUCCUCACUCCAGAUGAGCGACAGUCAGGCUAGUCUGCCCACUACGGCGGCUACGAGCCAGGCGAGUCUUCAGACCCCACCCGUCGUCAAGGCUGGAGCGGGACCCGAGGAUGAGGAUGGAGAGGAGGACCUGCCAGUCGGAGUGUUUACGCUUCUCACGGAUUGUUACUCCCCUACUUGUUCUCGAGAGAGUCUGUGUUACUCCAUCAACUGUCCUCGGCGCCUGGAGCAAAUGAAGCGGUUGAACAUGAAGCCGACGGGGCUGAGUCGCAAGUUGUCGGAAGAGAGCAUACACGAUGUCAAGGAAACCGGGACGCUCUGGGUCCACUCUGUCUCUCAAGAAAUCCUCGAUAGCGUCGACGACCGCGAAAAGUCGCGUCAGGAAGCCAUCAACGAAGUCAUCUACACGGAGCGUGAUUUCGUCCGGGACCUCGAAUACCUCAAAGAGAACUGGGUCAAGCCUCUCCUGUCAAACGACAUUAUCCCCGCGGCGCGCCGGGAAGACUUUGUGCGGCAAGUCUUCUGGAACGUCCAUGAUGUUUGGAAUGUCAACCAUAUCCUCGCCGAACGGUUGACGAAGCGGCAGAAACAGCAGCCGGUGGUACAGAGCCUGGGUGAUCUGUUUUUGGAGCGAGUGCCCCUGUUUGAGCCGUUUGUGGCGUACGGGGCGCAUCAGCUGUUUGGGAAGUACGAGUUUGAGAAGGAGAAGGGGGCGAAUCCGGCUUUUCAAAAGUUUGUGGAUGAAACCGAACGCCGUCCCGAAUCCCGUAAACUCGAAUUGAACGGUUAUCUCACAAAACCCACUACCCGUCUAGGUCGAUAUCCCCUCCUCCUCGCUGCCGUCCUCAAAUACACGCCCGACGAUCAUCCAGAUAAGGUCGACUUGGCGGAAGCGAUCAAGCUCAUCCGGGCUUUGUUGACCAAAGUGAACAUCGAGAGUGGGAAGAGCGAGAAUGUGUUUGAGCUGGCGCAGUUGGAGACGCAGCUGGUGUGGCGGCCGAGCGAGACCAUUGACCUGAGACUGCGCGAUAAGAGCAGAGAGAUGGUACAUAAAGGUCCGCUCAAGCGGAGAGGAGGUAACAGGGACGAGAUUGCGGAUCUGCUGGGGUUCUUGUUUGAUCAUGCGUUCCUUCUGGCCAAGCCAAAGCAUGUCAACAAGGCGGAGCAGCUUCGAGUUUAUCGACGACCAAUCCCCCUCGAGCUCCUAGUCGUCAUCACCCCUGACGAGACCUACAACGCCAAGCUCUCGGGCGGGACCGCCGCCUCCGCCGCCGCGGGCGCGCGAGGCCGACUCGUACCCCGCCCGUCAGCCGGAAAGUCGGCUGCGGCACACGUCCCUCCCAAGCCUGAGAGCAAGCACGGCUACUCGAUAACGAUUGUCCAUCUCGGCAAGAAGGGGUACUCGAUGCAGUUGUGGGUGGAUACGUAUGUGAGCCGAAAGAAGUGGCUGGAGGCGAUCGAUAAGCAGCAGACGGUGCUGAGGGAGCGGAGCUGCGUUUUUGUGCCGGAGACGAUUACGGAGGGGUGGUUUGUCGGGUUGAGGAGGAUACACUGCGUUUCACCUUAUGACAACGGCAACCGAAUGAUCUACGGAACCGACGACGGCGUUUACUUUUCCAACCUCCGCGACCCCAAACUACGAGAACCCGUCAAAGUCAUCAACCUCCUCGACGUGACACAAGUAGACGUCAUCGAGGAGUUCCAGCUCCUCAUCGUCCUGCACGAACGCAGCGUCACUACAUUCCCUCUCGACUGCCUCGACCCCAACGAUCCCAACGCGGCCAUGAAGCGCGGCAAGCGGAUAGCGAGCCAUACCUCCUUUUUCAAAUCGGGGUUGUGCCUCGGCAAGAUGCUCGUCGCGGUAGUCAAGAGCUCGACGUUGAGUUCGACGAUCAAGGUGCUGGAGCCGGUGGAUCCGAUGAGGGGUGGGAAGAAGGUGCAGGGGGGAUUUAUGAAGCGGUUGAAUGGUGGGAAUGAGGCUUUGAAGCUGUUCAAGGAAUUCUAUAUUCCUACAGAAUCGUCCUCGGUUCAUUUCCUCAAGACCAAGCUCUGUGUCGGGUGCACGAAGGGAUUCGAGAUUGUCGAUCUCGAGACGCUCGACAUGCAGGGUCUGCUUGAUCCCAGCGAUCAGAGUCUGGACUUUGUGCUCAAGCGGGAUAAUGUGCGACCUAUUGCUAUUUACCGGAUCGAGGAGGACUUCUUGCUGUGCUAUGACGAAUUCGCUUUCUAUGUAAACAAGAACGGGUGGCGGAGUCGGCCAAAGUGGGCUAUUAUCUGGGAAGGCGUCCCUACCGCUUUUGCCCUGCAGUUCCCCUACGUCAUCGCGUUCGAGCCGACCUUUGUCGAAGUCCGCUCCGUCCACACAGGCGAUCUCGUCCAAAUCAUUCCCGGCAACAACAUCACCUGCCUCUUCGCCGAUACCCCUCCUUCCCGUAUCAAUGCCGCUCCUGUCCAGCCCAAUCGUCAAAUGAUGUUUCCCCCUUCCUCCCAAUCCGGUCCACCUGGAUCGUAUCGACCGCCCAAUGGGCCCCAGGGGUAUCCCCAGGGUUUCCCCGCUCCUCAACCAUAUGCGAACGGCUUCCGCCCUCCACCGGGAGCAGGACAGCAGGGGUAUAUGCCCCCUCCGCCAGCGCCACCAGGGGGUCCGGGACGAUUUGUCAGGGAUCAGAUCAUCUUUACGAGCGAGGAGGGACAUGUGCAGUUCCUGAAAUUGCCGCCGCCGGGACAGAGGGGCAGCUUUGCGUCAAACACGUCGGCGGCGACGAGUACGACCACGCUAGUGAAUUUGUCGGGUGCACCGAGUGGGCGGCUGGAUUCGAUCAGGGGGUCGAGGUAG